AUGGCACCAACUCCGCCCAGGCUGAAGAUUCUCUCAGUCGUUCGAACUCCCGAAGACGCAGCAAGUCCACGCGAAGGCCCAUUUGACUAUGUCGUCCUGUGUGUCAAAGCGCUACCCGACGUAUACGAUCUCGCAUCCGUCAUCGACUCCGUCGUGACCCCCCAGCAUACUUGCAUCCUUGUCAACACCACCCAUACACUAGGCAUCGAGUCUGCCAUCGAGGAGCGCUUCCCGGCAAAUGUCGUGCUUUCGCUCGUAUCUGGUGCUGAGCUGACACAGCUGGGGCCAAGCGAGUUUGAACACAAGGGAUCAACAGACAUGUGGAUUGGACCUGCGAAUAUGAAUAGCGAGAUCCCCCGAGCGAUCCAAGAAGAUAUGGCUCAGGCUUUGGUCAUGACUCUGAGGACAGGUCAAGUGGACUCCAAGAUGUCGACCAACAUACGCCAGGAGCAAUUCGAGCGCGUCAUUGGUCCCGUGGCCUUUCAUCCCGCAAGCGUCAUUUUCGAAACACCCAACCACGCCCUCCUGUUCGAGAAGGUGGGAGUCAAAGAUAUGGUUCAUGGUAUCUUGGACGAAAUGAUAAGACUGGCUGAGGCCAACGGCUGCACCUUUGGACCUGAUUUCAGACAGAAAACCAUCGACGACAUGACCAAGCAAGGCGCUCCGGAAAGCAUCAUGUGGCAAGAUUAUAUCAAUCGCCGACCAAUGGAGGUCGAGACCUGUCUGGGCUCACCAAUCAAGCUUGCGAAGGACUCUUCUGUUUCCAUACCGCGAAUUGAGACUCUGUAUGCUGUUCUGCACAACCUCAACACCGUCAAUCGCAACCGACCCCGAGGUCCCGAUGGCAAUCCGUCCUUGACGCCCUCAUCUCCGGUGGUGCCCUCCCCGCACCCCCCUCGCGGCCCAUCACAGCAGGGUCAUCGUCCCAUGGGGGGCAUGCCCCCGGGCAAUGGUCCCAUGCCUCCUCGCCAGCCACGUCCCAGGAACUCUUCUGGCUUCAACCAGGGUCCGGGUAUGCGCCGCGGACCGCCUCCCGGGAACGGACCGCCGCCGAAUGGCUACGCGCGUCCGCCUUCUCACAUGAACGGGGCUGAACGCGGUUCGCGCGCCCCUUCACGCCGGGGAUCCAUGGAUGGCAACGACCUAGAAGAGUUUUCCCACCUGGUAUUGUACGAUGACAUCCCUGAAGGUCAAGAGUCGUCUAUCGCCGGAGAUCAUCCCGAAAGGGGCCUUCGAGAUCGCGAGCUUCAGUUGCGACAGCGAGAAAUGGCUCUGCGGGAGCGUGAAAUGCGCGGCGGACGUGGUCCUCCUCCCGGGCCCCAGCGCCGCGGCCCUCAUCCCAUGCGCAACAGUCAGCAAGUGUUCGAUGACGACGACGAUGACGACGACUACAUUGAGGACCUGCCGACUGGUAACCCGACUAUUGAUCCGGAUAACUUCGACAUGAUGAGCGUGACCUCGCGCAAGAAUCGCAGUAGGCAGGCUCCACCAUCGGCCGCUCAGAUACGACAGAAUCCUGAGCUAGGUGGUCCUCCUGGGACUGGUGUCUCCCGGGGGAAACUACCCACCGUCAAUGCGUGGCGGUCGCCCUUCGCCGCCCAAUGGGUACGGCGGACCACCGAUGAAUGGACGUCCCUCGCCACCUGA